AUGGAUGAUAGAAGAAGACAACCGGAACGCAACCGUGAUGGUAACCGUGAUAGCAACCGCCCCCGGUUUGAGUUCAUAACUGUCUCUGGAACAAACAUUCGUGGCGAUACUGAAACUCGGAGGCGUGUCAGAAGCCGAGCGCAAGCUGAUUAUCGUCGGCGCAACCCACCUCCACCGCGGAAUGCUUUGACCGUUGACCUUGAUGUUGGGUCAUGGCUUCAGGCUUUAUCGCGCGAUGCAGCUCUGAGACCACAGCUCGGUGAACCAGCGCCGCUAGAUUUGCAACAGGUCAAUGAAACGAUACAGAUUAACCCAGCAGGACACGAACUCAUAGGCGGAAGAGAGGGUGCUGGCAUUUUUUUGCUGGUGCCCUCGGAUCAGAGGCCACGCGCCCGCCAGUUAUGGAAUCAUUUGUACGGCGGAGGCUGCGUCAUCUUCAAAUCUAUGAUUGAGAUUGGGUUUCUCGAUAUUCUACAGGGAUCCGCAUCACUUACACAGAUGCUGUCGUCUUCCGCUUGGCACAGGAAGCAGGUGGGGACUGGGGAUCACGAGAGUAGCAUAGAUUAUGCGAGAUACUCUCUCAUGGCCACAAGAGCAUUACGACUACGGUUGGAUGAUCCGACCCAGAGAGCCAAUCUCGAAACCAUCAUAGCAAUUCUCACGUUUGCGGCGUUCGCAAAUCUGACAAGCAACCCGCAUCUCAUUAACGUGCAUCUUGAUGGACUCUCUCACGCCAUCAGUGGUGUUGGUGGCCUAACGGCGCUUCAGCAUCUGCCUAUUAUUUGGAUGAUGAUGUAUUGGAUUGAUAUACGCGGCAGCUAUCUCCAAGAUAUAAAACCACGCUAUCCCCAGCCAUAUGAUAUCUUAUCAACUGAGAGCCGACUCCGAAUUGCCACAAUGCCCGCGGCGAGACCAUCCGAUAGCGACAGCACACUAAGCCAGGAUCCAGCAGUUGUCCACAUUUUUGAUGCGAUACAGCAGGUCAAUUCUAUUUUAACUGCCGAAGCAAAUGCACGAGGCGACGCGUUCUGGCGAACAGUUCUGUUCCCGGGCUUUCACUUUGCCCCGAUUCUUUACGACCUUUUAUCAUUACCUAGGGAGACGGACGGUGUGUCUACACAAUUUUCAAAGCGAAGAGAAUGCUUCCGGCUGGCCGGUAUCCUUUACAUUAGUGAAGUGCGGGCUAAAUUUGGGAUGGACAACACCGGAGCCACAUCGUACGCAUAUAAGUUAUUACUGGCAUUGAAGAGUCGCGAUAUGUUGGUCUCAUGGGGUAGCGACAACGACUUCUUACUCUGGAGCCUCGUUAUUGGAUCUGUCUCCCUAUGCGUACCCGAAACCCUGCGUCUUGAGUUUAUGGAACUUUUGUCAGAAUACCCAUCUAUCACCGGAGUUGCAUCUCUUCGCGACGCUAUACCCCCUGAGUUUCGAAGUUCAUAUGAAGCUACGUGA